AUGAUCGUGAAAAUGUCUGAUCUCGACGCGACAACACCUCGCGUUUUCAUUGCUCGCCACGGAGAAACCGAAUGGACCAAAAAUGGUCGAUACACCGGAACUACAGAGCUCGAUCUCACCGCCGACGGUGUGCAACAAGUUACUGGCACAGCGCGCCAGCUUGUUGGGCCUGGAAAACUGAUCGAUCGAGUCCGGAUUGCAAAAGUCUGGGUUAGUCCGCGCAGGCGGACACAGCAGACAUUCCAGCUUCUCUUCGGCGCGACUGGCCUGGACGCCGAAAAGGUAGCGUUCACAGAGGAUAUAGCUGAGUGGGAUUAUGGCAUUUAUGAGGGCUUGCGAUCCAGUGAAAUCAAGUCCUUGAGGAGAGAAAAGGGUCUGGAUGAAGGCAGGGAUUGGAAUAUUUGGAGGGAUGGGUGCGAGGGUGGAGAGUCUGCGGAGAUGGUGACAGAGAGACUGGAUAGAUUGAUUCAGCAGAUCCGUAUCAUUCAACAAUCUCAUAUGGAUGGCUCAACGCCAGCUGAUGUCGUCUUGGUCGCCCAUGGCCUUGUUCUGCGUGCUUUCGUGAAACGAUGGCUAAAGUACCCUCUUGACACACCGUUGCCGAUGAUGUUGUCGCCAGGAUCCAUUGGUAUACUCAGCUAUCGUAAUCGUGAUAUAGAUGAACCGGGGUUUCUUAUUGGCAUGGUGAUCCCCUGA